UAAGAAGCUCAUGGCUGCACGCUGAAUAGCGAGCAUGAACUGAACUGUUAAUAACUCCUCAACAAUAUUCCGGGUUUGAUCCCGUUUGCCAGUGGUGUGAGCGGGUCCAGCGGGUCAGCAUGGCCUCAGAGGAGGACGACGCUCUGCUCUUUCUAAUCUUCCAGCACCUAAAGGUGAACGGCUACAAGAAAGCUGCGAAGGUGCUGGAAAAACACGUUGCUCAGAUCGAGACACCAGAGGAAGGCUCCAACCUUCAUGAUAUCUACACUGGCUGGAUGAAGCUGUGCUCUCUGGCUCAGGACGCCAAGCAGGAGACAGAAGACUCCACUUCUCUGAAGAAGAAGAGCAUCAAACCAGAACCUGCCACCAGCGAAGAAGAAGAGGGCGCAGACGCUAAACUCUCCAACAACGUGGAAGCAAAACCUCCACCUGAGUCGGAUGGUGUCGAGCCUCCCAGUGAGGAGAAAGAAGCUGAGGCCGCCUCUGAGCCGAAGCUGAAUCCUGCAGGUGAAACCAAAACUGCAAGCUCCGAUAGCGAAGAAGAAGAAAAAGAGCAGGAAGAGACAAAAACAGAGCAGGAGUCUGCUCCUGUUGAAGAGUCUGCUGAGGGGGUUGAAGCCGGGGCAGUCGAGGCCAGCCAGGCUGCCCCUGACCAGGCAGAGGAUCAGAUUGUGGCCUCUGAUCCCGCCGUGACCACCACUUUAGAUACAGAGGAGCAUAAAGAGGACGAGGAUGAGCUGAAGCAGGAGACUGAAGCAGCCACAGAGGAAAUCUCUGCACCUGAACAGACAGCUGUCAAUCAAACUGAGGAAGAAAGCAGCGCUGCAAAGGAGCAGAGCCAGGCGGAGUCCGCAACGUCAGACCUGACAGCUCAGGAGACCAAUGACCAGCCAGCAGAGAGCGAAGCCCCGCCCCCUGCAGACCCUGAUUCUGAAAAUCCAAAUGUGGAAAAGGAGGAAGAGGAAUCCAAGAAAACAGAGGACAGUGAAGUUACGUCCUCGCUGAAUCCUGAGGACCCGACAGAGCCGUCAACAACUUCAGAGGACCCCGUCAACGACACAGAAAAAGCAGAAGAGGGAUCAGUCCCAGAAGGCUCAAUCAUCCUCAAUAUCGAAGUCGAAGACAGCGAGAAAGAAACCGGCCAGCUGCUCCCUGAAGAGGCUGCAGAGUCCGGAAAAGAUGCUAAAACCCCCAAGAAGAAGAAGAAAAAGAAGAGCAAAGAGGAUACAGACGCUGCAGAUACACCGAGCACAGACGCUUCCACCGUAGAGUCAUCCAGUGAUACUUCUCUUUCCACCAAGACUGCCAAAAAGAAAAAGAAAGACAAAAAGAAAGCAGAAGAGGUAGCUGAGGAAGAGGAGAAUCAGGAGAAAGAGGAGGAGGUGGAGGAGGAGCAGCAACAGCAGGAGGACACAUCUCAGACCACUUCGCCAGAGAAGAAGAAGAAGGCAAAGAAAAGAAAAAUGGUGCAAGAUGAAGUGGAAGAGAAAGACGAAGAAACUCCUGUCACUCCUUCAGAAAAUAAAAGAAAAAAGAAAAAGAAUAAGGGGAAAGAUGCAGAAGAGGAGCCGAGUGAGACAGUAGUGGUGGAGAAGGAGGAGGAGAAUCCUGCAGCGCCAACAGAGGAGAAAAAGAAGAAGAAGAAAAAGAGGAAAAAGGAGGGUGGACAAGAUAAAGAGGAGGUGCAGUCUGACGAAAAACCAGCAGGGGGCGACGAAGAUACAGAAAAGGAGCUGGAAGCCACAGAUGCAAACUCCUCUCAGCUCUCCUCGACCAAAAAGAAAAACCGUCUCAGGAAGAAACUCAGCCUGAAAAAGAGAUUGAGGGUCCACAAACAAGCAGAGAAGAAACUGAGGCUCAAGGCGAAAGCAGAGAAGAAGAAGAAAAAGAAGAAGAGCAGCGGCGAGACUUCAGGAGAGACCGCAGCAGACGGCGAGAAACAAGAACAGACACCUCGACCAAAACCAACCAAAAGACCUCAACCCGAUUCUGCCCCGGAGGAAGACGACACACCAAAGAAGAAGAAAAAGAUGAAAAUGAACACAGAGCAAGAAGAAAAUUCCUCAAAAGAAAACCAGCCGCCAAAGACAAAGAAAAAGAAAAAGGAGAGAUUAGUGAAGGGGGAGGCUGACAGUGGUGUGAUCAGCGCUGAGCUUCCUGAAGUUGACUCGUCUCCACUUUCAAAGGAAAGCAAGAAGAAGAAAAAGAAGAAAACUGGAGGAGGCGAGGAGACAACGGAGAGCCCCGCCCCCAUCACUGUGAGCCAAGACACACCUGCAAAGAAGAAGAAGAAGAACAGAUUAAAAGAGAAACUGGAAGAGGCAGAGCCGACUGCAGACGAACAAACUCCUCCAGCUUCUACGAAAAAGAAGAAAAAGGCGAUAUCUGGUUAAAUCUGGGUGGAUUCUCUGAUCAGAUGUCAGUGGAGAACAAUCCUGUCUUGGACGGAAACAGGAUAGAAUGCAUCAUGUUAGUGCCUUUACCCCUCAGUGUUUAGUCAUGUUUCACUGUCUUCUUACUCUGGGGGGGAGAGAAUUGGUAAAAUUUGGGAGGAUAUUUCAUGAGCUUGUGACUGCAGCCCAACCAAAAUAGGAUAAUGGGA